ACAAACAGAGGAUGCGCUCGCGCUUUGAGCAUCUCUGAGAACGAGCGAGGCGCCUUUACUGAAUCACUGAAAUAAAAGAGAACUUACUCAAAUCAGAGGAAACCGUUGCUUGGCGAGGAACAUGGCAUCAAAAUGUCCCAAAUGUGAAAAAACAGUUUAUUUUGCGGAGAAAGUGACAUCUCUGGGGAAAGACUGGCACAAAUUCUGUCUGAAGUGUGAACGCUGUAACAAGACCCUGAAUCCUGGAGGACAUGCUGAGCAUGAUGGGAAGCCGUACUGCCACAAGCCAUGCUACGCUGCCCUCUAUGGACCGAAAGGUGUAAAUAUCGGAGGGGCUGGAUCAUAUGUCUAUGAUACACCUGUUGGCGAUGACUCUGUUCCUGUUGCCAUGGAAACCAAACCUAAAACUGAAGAGAAAAAGGCCACUAGAGGCCCAGUGAAAGCUGCAAGUUUCAGUUCGUUCUCUGGUGAGCCGAACAUCUGCCCAAGGUGCAACAAAACAGUGUACUUUGCUGAAAAGGUCAGUUCCCUGGGUAAAGACUGGCACAGACCCUGCCUGCGCUGCGAGAGGUGCAGUAAGACUCUGGCUGCGGGCAGCCAUGCGGAGCACGAUGGCCAGCCCUACUGCCAUAAACCAUGUUACGCUGUUCUCUUUGGACCAAAAGGAGUUAAUACCGGAGGUGUCGGCAGUUACAUAUAUGAGGACCCAAACACUGAGGGCCAGGCAUAAGAACCACGAUCAAACCAGCAGUAUUAACAAUCCUAGAUCAGUCCUAUCCUCUGCUUACUUUUAAUCCACAUCCUCUUACACGAGUCUGAACUGAUCUUUAUCUACGUAUCUACGAGUGCCACUUACAUACUUACUGAAAUGAGCUAGUAUUAAUACUUACUAACAUGAAUCCGUGUCUAGCCUUUUUGCUGUAUUUAUAUAUGGUUUUUAUAUAUUUAAGAAUGUAGUUUUUGUUUUUGACUGUGAUAUUACAGGUACAGAAAAACAUUAGUUCAGAAUUUUUGACCUUACUUCUGAUAUACGAUUAGUUUUGUGUAGCAUUUUAGCGCACUUAUAUAUUAUAGUCUACUAACAUACAGCAUAUGUUUUCUGAAAUUUGCACUUAAAAUAUGUUUAUGUAUUCAAAAUAUGUUUGUAUUUCUAAUUAAAAAAGUAUUGUCAAGUGUA